GAAAGAACCCUUUCAGCAGCCAUGAGUCUCCCAUCCCUCCAGCAGUACCACCGCAAGCCCUACGAGGCCAUCUGCCCCUCCCGUCCCGAGCUCUCCCAAGCCGGCAAAACCAUCCUCGUCACCGGCGGCAACUCUGGCAUCGGCUACGCCAUCGCCCGCAACUUCAUCAAGGCCGGCGCCAAGCGCGUCAUCAUCCUGGGCCGUCGCCCCAGCGUUGUCAAGGCUGCCACCGAGAAGCUUGCUCAGGAGGCAAAGGCCUUUGGUUCUUCUACCAUCGCUGACGGCAGGGUCUGCGAUAUUGCGAGCCUUGAGUCUACCGAGGCGCUCUGGACCGGGCUGCAGCACGAUGGCAUCUAUAUUGAUGUCUUGGUUCUCAAUGCGGCGGCUCACGGGAAUGCUGUGCCCAUUCUGAAGAACGGCCUGAAGAAUGUGUGGGCGGACUACGAGGCCAAUGUGCGCUCCUCAUUGGACUUUGCGGAGCGAUUCUACAAGCAGACUGGCAAAGGCGCCGACUCUCGCAAGUUUUUGAUCAACCUCUCUUCCAUCGUCAGCUACAUGUGGUCCACAAUGGCCCCCGAGCGUCCGAGCUACGGCGUGACCAAGAACGCUGGCACCGCCUUGGUCCAGCAGAUUGCCAAGGACACCGACGUCAAUGACAUGCAGAUCGUGAGCUUCCACCCGGGCGGCGUUCUCACGGACAUGGCUCGCGCCGCGGGCGCCUCUGAAGACAUCGGCAUUCCUUUCGAUGAUGAGAAUCUUCCGGGCCAAUUUGCCGUCUGGGCCGCUAGCCGAGAGGCGGAGUAUCUUCAUGGCCGGUUCGUCUGGGCCAACUGGGAUGUUGAUGAGGUCAAGGCCGUUCUGGGCAAGCAGAUUGCGGAGGAGCCCAACUUCUUGAAGGUUGGAAUUGAGGGAUUGUCGGAGAACCUGCCGAAUCCAAUGAUUCCGCCGGAAAUGCUGGAGAAGAUUUUGCAGUUCCAGAAGGACCUCCAGUCGAAGAGAAACUAA